AUGGACGAAAUACUGCCACACAUUCUAUUUCCUCGAGACGGCGAUGACGGAGCAUCACGGGGACAACGUGCACUGGUGGUGACAGCCGUGCUAACUGCCAUUUCUAUCCUCGUGGUUGGCAUGCGGAUGUAUGCUAGGAUUGGCUUGCUGAAAAUGAUCGGUCGCGAAGAUUACACAAUUCUAUUUUCUCUGGUGCAUUUUGGGCUCGGCACGCAUAAUUCUGCUCUUUCCGAUGAAGAAUUGAAACAACAAUUGAAGCGACUUUGGGCGGCCAUUCCUUUUUAUAAUGCCAGUCUCGCACUCACUAAAUUCUCGAUUCUUUUCCAAUAUCUCCGCAUCUUCCCCGACCGCCGAUUCCGUAUUGCUUGCUGGGUCGUGAUGGGCGUUGUCGCGUUGUACGGGACCUGGGCUGUUGUGAGUGCCUUCGUAAACUGUGUCCCCGUGGCCAAGUUCUGGGAUCGAACGAUCGCUGGCUCGUGUCUGAGCUUCGAGGCCGUUUGGUUCUUCAAUGCAUCAAUGAAUAUCGUCACCGACGUCACGCUCCUUAUCAUGCCGAUGCCUCUUCUCUCUCAACUACAGCUCCCGCGCCUACAAAAAUUUGCCCUCAUGGGUGUUUUCGCCAUCGGUGGGCUGUUGGUCUCCCAUUGUAGCAAUUGUACAUGGAGGGUGAUGCUAACUACAAGCAGGGUGGUCAUAACCAGCAUCCUGCGACUUUCUAGUCUUCGCGCGGUCGCGAAAGAUCCCGACACAUCUUACAGCAACGUGGGCGCCUCGUACUGGACCGCAGCGGAGUGCAAUGUGGCCAUCAUAUGUGCCUGUCUUCCCUUCCUGCGACCGAUUGUCAGCUGCCUGUUCCCGAAGCUCCUGUCGACUCAGAGCUACAACCACUACACCCGGAAUCCAACCGCCACUGCUACCACUCGGUCCCGAGUCACGCGCAUGCAUCUGCCCUCACAAAAUGACGAUUUCGGCAUGUGCACGAUUGAUGUCGAGCAGGGCGAAAGGAAACCCGACGACACCUUCAAGGGCAUCGAAGUGACCACGGAGAUGUACCAAGAAACCUCCAAAAACGACGAGUCCGCCAGUCAACGAAGACUCGUCAUGGAAUCAUGAUUGACGCCUUCCCCCCCUCGUUUACAUUCUUUGUAUAUUCUUUUUUGUUUCCAGCUUUAUACCAUUCGGUCCAUGUCUUCACUUUCAUUUUUGCACACGACUGUUAUUCCAUGGGAGGCAAAACUGUACAUUAUUCGCAUGAUACCAUAAUGACCACCAAAUCAACCACAUACAUACAGACCAGACAAGAAAUCACAAACUUCCCCCAAACAUCCGAUAUAACAUAAUACAAU